AUGCCACAUACUGACCUCACCCUGAAUUAUCAUUUAAUCUCUGGGAAUACGAGCUGGUAUGAAGCUCAGAGUUACUGCAGGAAGAGCUACACUGACCUGGUCGGCAUCAGAGAUCAGAACCAGAAUGAAGCAGUAAAUGGAAAAGGGCUGACCAGAAGAACGUCCUUCUGGAUCAGCCUGCUGCGUGAUAGCUGGGAGUGGACUGAUGGAGGACGCUCUGCCUACAGGAACUGGACGACUGGUCAGCCUCGAUCAUCAGACUGUGGUGUACUGAGAAAAGGGAAAUGGUCUUCAGUGCCGUGCAGUACUACUCAGCCUGCUCUGUGCUCCAACACACUGAUCCAUGUCAGUGCUGAGCAGAUGGACUGGGAGAGCGCUCUGGAUUACUGUCGGAGAGAGAACAGGAGGGCUAUUCUACGCAUCCAGUCUGGUCUGGACCAGAAAGAGGUGAAGUUUGAGCUCAGGAGGAGGCGUGUCUCUGGGCAUCUGUGGGUGGGGCUUGGACAGAGUCAACUCUUUGAGCUGUUGAUCAUCCAGUAGGCUGUCUUUGGGACCGUGGACCAAGAGAAACGAGAGACAGGCCGAGCCUGCACCCCUCAGCCGUGCUGGAACCGACACUGUGGAGACACCAUUAAGGACGAAGAUGGACGUUUCAGCUCUUAGAGCUGUUUGUGAACUUAAACAACCGUAAAAGGCCGAUUUCUCAACCCUAGAAGUGACCAGUUCACUGUUUUCUAGCUCGGACUAUGUUCCAGUCAACAUGCACUUCACUAGUUUA